UAUCCUGCAGUUCCUCCAGAAGUGACUGGGCCAGCUGAGUCAGCAGAAACUACAGAUACCCUCAAGCUUUGUCCUCCUGAAGAGUUCCUGAAAGUGUGUAAAGAAAGGGCUGGAGAGAUCUAUCCAAUAAAGGAGAGAAAAGACCGCACUCGCCUGGCUCUCAUCAUAUGCAAUAGAGAGUUUGAUCACCUUCAGCCCAGGCAGGGGGCUGAACUUGACAUCACAGGGAUGACAGAGUUACUUGUGGGCCUUGGCUACAGUGUGAUUGUGGGAGAGAAACUCACAGCCAAGGAGAUGGAGAAAGUGCUGGUGGAAUUUGCUGCCCGCCCAGAGCACAGGACCUCAGAUAGUACAUUCCUGGUGUUCAUGUCCCAUGGCCUCCUGGAUAGACUCUGUGGGAAACAGCACAGCGAUGAAAACUCAGACGUGCUACCUUAUGACACCAUCUUUCGGAUAUUCAACAAUCGCAACUGCCCCAGUCUCAAGGACAAACCGAAGGUCAUCAUUGUCCAGGCCUGCAGAGGUGAAAAUCGCGGGGAAUUGUGGGUCAGUGACUCUCCAGCAGCCAUGACAGACAGCUCUUCCCAGUCACCUGAGAACCUGGAGGACGAUGCUGUUUACAAAGCACACGUGGAGAAGGACUUCAUUGCUUUCUGCUCCUCAACCCCACAUAACGUGUCCUGGAGAGACACUAGUAAAGGUUCUCUCUUCAUCACACAACUAAUCAGAUGCUUCCAAAUGUAUUCUUGGCGCUGUCACCUGGAGGAAGUAUUUCGGAAG